CCCUGAGUGCAAACCUCGUGGUGAACUAUCUUCGACUCGGCCAUAUUGGAAUAUUGGAUGUCUCUGUUACACAAGGGCUCAAAAGUAGCCGUGAAAUUUUCGCAUAAUCCUCGACGAAAAGAGGAUACGAGACGCCAUGGAGAACACAUACAGCAUCGCCGUCGCUAACAAAUUCAUGUUGGCUCUGGACGAGGAUGAAGACCCGCUAGAAGUGCUGAAGGUUCGUGAACAAGAGAAGGAGGCGAAAAAGAAGGAGAAGCUCUCGGAAAAGGAGAAUAAGAGUAAGCAACCGGACGCCCAAAAAAUCGUUGGCGUUAAGACUCCAAAAACUCGCGUGAUAAAGGAGACCCAGCAGCAACCCUCGAAAGUCCAGGAGCCUAAAAAGGAGCAAGGUGAGAAAAAACCUUCUCAACCAAGAUCUAGUGGCGGCGAUCGCAACGUUAAGUUCUCUGGCGAAUCUCGCGAAGAACGUAACAACAGGCGCAAUCGUGAAGAUGGCGAGAGAACUCCCCGUGGACAGGGACAGGGGCAAGGACAAGGGCAGGGACAGGGACAAGGGCAAGGAGAAAUCAGACGUGGACCUUCUGGAGAAGGUCGUGAUACCCGCGAGUUUCGCGGCUCCGGUGACACUCCCCGCGGAGAAUUUGGAGAACGCCGUGGCCGAGGUGGAGCUCGUGGAAUUGGUGGACGAGGACGUGGCGGACCUCGUGGGGGUCGUGGUGGCUUUGACAACCGCGGAAAACGAGAGUUUGAUCGCCAGUCCGGUUCGGACAAAACGCAACCGAGCAGGCAUGGUUACAGCGGAGUGAAACCAGUGGACAAGAAGGACGGCGCUGGCAGCCACAACUGGGGCACUCACAAUGACGAAAUCGAAGAAAGUAUGAACCCGGAAAGUCAGGAUUGGUCUCCGGAAAAGCCUGAGGGUGACGCUGCGCAGCCGUCAGCCGAAGUUAAGGAAGGCGAGAACGCUGUAGAUACCUCUACGGAAGAGAAACCUGCUGAGGAAGAGUCGCGCGAGUUAACUCUCGACGAAUGGAAGGCUCUACGCAGCACCCGCGCUAAGCCGCAGUAUAAUUUGCGCAAAGCAGGCGAAGGCGAGGAUCUGUCUCGCUGGAAGAAGAUGUACCCUCUCGAGAAGAAGAAGGAGGGUGCUGAAGAAGAAGACGAUGAGGAGGAAGAAUAUGAUGCAGCAGCCGAGUAUCCGCAACGCGUUGGAAGGCAAAAACGCGUUUUGGGCAUCGAUAUUCAAUUCAGUGACUCUCGACGUGGAGCUGGAGGACGCGGAGGUCGUGGUGGCCGUGGUGCUCGUGGAGAACGUGCCAAUGGUCGCGGAUUCGGCAAUCGUGGCACUUCCAGAGAUGGCGAUAACCGUGGUGGAGCUCCUGAUGCGGUAAAGCUGCAAUCUGUUCAACCGGAACAGAGGUCACCACGUGGACGUCAGAAUGCUCCAAAGGUUGACGAUAAGCAUGAUUUUCCUUCAUUAGGAUAGGUAAUCUGUCCCGGUGAGAGCACAGAGUCCCACCACAAAAGCCACCACCGCCACCACAAUCACAACUAUGAUCACUAAAACUACAACCAAAACCAUCAACAGUCCCGCAUCCAUAAGAAUACUAUUAAUGCAUAAUGCGAUUCACCCUUGCAGACGAUAAUAUGACACACAGGAGUACCGACGAACACACAUACCUAUUACACAUAAAACACUGACAUGAGCCUAGACACAUCGGAAUUACGUGAGGCGAGCACAGCAGAGCUUAAACAACGAUCCCUUGUACUUGUGAAAAGCUGUACGACGAUAGUUCGUAAGAGGCACUAGUCCAGAGAAAAAAAUAUACGCAGAGAUGGCGAAUAAGAGCAAGCGGGAAAAGUACUUUCGCGAGCAUCACAAUGGCCAAACAACAUGAACACAAGAAGGACGCAUGACAAUUUCAAGAAAUUUGCGAGUGAGUAUAUUUGGGAAUAAUCAGAGAAGUAUUAUUUAUGACCGCGUGGGUAUGAGAAACCGGAAACGAUCGACUAAUUACCCACGGUGGCCUCUACGAGAAACUCUUGAUAUAUUCCAAGAGUACAAAGGCGUACUCUUAAUAGCGCGCGGGUAGACAGUGAACAAGUUUUACCUAGAAGCGGAUCUGAAAUAAAUUUGUGUCCUCGGUUUUAAUUUUAACGUCAUAUCGAAGGCCUAAUUGAGGCUCGACACAUCACCGAUACGUAAGAACGUGUGUACAAUACUUCUUUAGGCGUAAAUUUUAAACACCUUUUCUGUUUUAUAAUUUUUAUACGGUGUUCAGGGAAGCCUUCCUCUCUAUGCGUUCGGCGAUUGCGCGCCGUGCAUAAAAACUACAGGACUUCUAUUAAAGAUUGUAUUUCUAUAUAAGGAAUAUUUGGAAUCCUGAAAACGUCUAGAUAGCUAUUAUGAUAAAUUCAGCUUAUAUAGAAAUACUAUAUAGGAACUUUUUCUUUCGAUGAUAUAACCAGUCCGUGAUAAGUUAACGAUUAAGUCACCCUACACUCGACAUCAACACAGCUUUACAUUUGUAUGACAGACCCGAUGAGAGCCAAGUGAGGUAAACUAAAAAACAAGUUCAGGUAGACAAAUAAAUUCAGUCCGAUACAAUUACGAUACGUUACACUUAUGCAUCGUUCGUCAUAUCUUUUUUUUUUUAUUACGAGCCGCUAUAUUAUGUACUAUGUUUGUUAUAGAUUGAAAUAAACCUGCUAAAAAUUCACAUCCCUCUCUAUACAGAAAAAAAAUGUUACAAUAAUAUUUGAUGACAAAGAAAACUUAGGUAUAUGUGUAAAUAACAAUAUUUACAAAAAUAAAUUGUGACAAGACCA